UUUUCCUUUCGUCUUGGGCCAUCAUCUUUAAAUAUUUCCUGGUCGCGUUAAUCAUCGUGCCAAAGAGAAAAUGCGGCCGUCCCACCGCAUCCUCGUUUGCUUGACACUGCUAGUGGUCAUCAUCUCAUCUUCAAUCGGUCACUGCCGAUCGUUACGGAAUCGCUACGAGGUGUGGACUCGAGUCGCCAGUAAAGAAAUGGAAUGCUGGGCUGGUCGCUUACUGGACAUUUGGAACAACAGCAACGACGACGACCAUCGUGCAGCAGGAGGAGGAGGAAAUGAGGCCGUUGUAGGGGUCUGGAGUUCCGCUCUGGAGACUCGCCGUAGUUUGAGUUUGGCUGACGUACGCAGCGGAAUCAGCCGGCUGCUUGGAUUCCCAUCAAAGUCGGCCUAUUUCGCUUUUUGGAAGAAACUUUUCCUCUUCGAUGUGGUGGCCAAUGUUGCCAGGGUCGGCGGAUCUCUUUUCCUCUACGUCUUUGCUCCUCACUUGUACCAAAUGCUUCCGGGAGGUUUAGUUGGUUGACGAUCUGAAUUUCUUAAAAGUUAUAAAGUGCCAUAAUUUGACAGUAGAGGGAAACCAUGUUGCAAGGGGGGAGGGGUCUGAAAAACAACAAUAUUUUGAAGUUUGAACGAGGUAUCACAGUAGUUUCUUGAGAAGUCCCACAACCUUUUCCGUUGUGGUUUCUAGUGUUUUUCUUUUCAUUUCCAUAAUGUCUGGGUCGAUGCAGUCGACUGGAAUGCCAGUCGAAUCUCAUCGGCCGUCACCUGAGUCGCUUUUUCCUCUUUCAAUUUCGAUGUGAAACAAUAAGCUGCACUCACGUCACAAUCGGGCAGAGAGUCUUCGGCAUCUGUUGAACAGAGAAUCUCAAUUUCGGUUCUAUUGAAAGCCAUAUAUUUAUUUACCUGCUGUAGAAGUGUCUUUCCCUGCUAUGCUCUGAGAUUUCUCCUCUAAUACACUUUCAACAAUUUCAA